GGUAGUUCCGGUCUGUGAGAGAAAGGCGGAUGAAACGCUCCUAACAGGGAACAAAGGACGAGUCAGCUAACCAAUAUGUGAAUAGCUCUUUCCGCUUGAACCCAGACUGCAUCAACGAUGUCAAAACGGCCAUCGUACGCUCCUCCCCCUCCCCCAGCCCCAACACCACAAUUGCCUUCCACCCCUGGGUUUGUGGGCUACAACCCUUACAGCCAUCUGGCCUACAACAACCUCCGGCUGGGAGGGAGCUCCGGAGGCUCCAGCAGGAACGCCUCAGGCAUCACCGUCCCAAAGCCUCCCAAACCUCCAGACAAGCCACUGAUGCCUUACAUGCGGUACAGCCGGAAGGUAAGCAGGAAGGUAUGGGACCAAGUGAAGGCAUCCAACCCCGACCUGAAGCUGUGGGAGAUCGGGAAGAUUAUCGGAGGGAUGUGGAGAGACCUGACUGAUGAAGAGAAACAGGACUACCUGAAUGAGUACGAAGCUGAGAAGAUUGAGUAUAAUGACAAUUUGAAGGCCUACCACAACUCUCCAACCUACCUGGCCUACGUCAACGCUAAGAACCGGGCUGAGGCUGCUAUGGAAGAGGAGAGCAGACAGAGGCAGACUCGUAUGGACAAAGGCGAGCCAUACAUGAGCAUUCAGCCGGCUGAAGACCCUGAUGACUACGACGAUGGUUUUUCAGUGAAGCACACAGCAGCUGCUCGCUUCCAGAGGAACCACCGGCUCAUCAGCGACAUCCUCAGUGAGAUAGUGGUACCUGAUGUGCGCUCAGUGGUAACCACAGCCCGCAUGCAGGUCCUCAAGAGGCAGGUCCAGUCUCUUAUGGUGCACCAGAGGAAGCUGGAGGCUGAACUUCUCCAGAUCGAGGAUCGCCACCAAGACAAGAAAAGACGCUUCCUGGAGACCACUGACUCGUUCAACACUGAACUCAAGCGGCUUUGCAGUCAGAAGGUUGAGGUGGACAUGGAGAAGCUUGCAGCAGAAAUGGCCGCUGCUGAAGAGGCGGCCCGUCGCCGGGCAGAGGAGAGGGAGCGUGAGGCAGCUGAGCAGGCAGAGAAAGCUGCUCAGCAGGCGCAGCAGCAACAGCAGCAGCAACAACAACAACAACAACAGCAGCAGCAGCAGCAGCAGCAACAACAACAGCAGCAGCAACAACAGCAGCAGGAGGCUGCUUGCAACAAAGCUGCUGAGCAGGGCAGUGCUAGUGCUAAAGGCACAGCUAACCCCCCUUCAGGGACCAAAGAGGAGGACAUGCCCCCACCAGUGGCGACAGAUAAAGCUGCGCCUGCAGAGCCCUCCUCCGAUUCCCAUCCUACUCCACCUCCUCCAUCUGAGGUGCCCUCUUCUGCUUCUGAUAAAGCAACUCCUCCUCCUCCUGAGCCUCCCAGGGAGAGCAGCACCCCCAACAGCAGCAUCCCCAGUGACGACUGCAGCAACAGCAGCAACAGCAUGCCUCCUCAGCCCUCAGAGAGCACCCCUGGAGUAGCAGCCCCAGAGCCCCCAGUGAGCCAGGAAGCCAACUCCCCCGCAGCUAACCCUAGUGUGUCCACAGCACCUCCGCCUCCCUCAGAAGACCCAGCCCCUCCCCCUCCACCACCACUACUACCCUCUAGCCAAAACAGCCAACAGUAUGAUAUGUAAGAGUCAGUGUUUAAUACACACAGUGGUAGCUGUAGAUGUCUUCCCUGUGCUGCAGCCCCCCUUCUGUGAGAGGAGCAGCAGGUGUGGAAGAAGUGUUUUUUUAUGAUUAGGGGGUAAGAUUGAAGCCCUAUUCAGACCUGGUAUAAUCAUUUGUCGCAGGUGAGCCCAUCACAAACAGAAAGUUCUGAGUACCGGUGUGAACGCUCCCAGCAUGCAUUGAGCACUUGGAAACAGAAAUGAUGUAUGUGUUUAUUUGCAUUAAGUGGGAUCAGAUCGCUGUGAUCACUGGAGAUGUUUUCUUAGAGACAGAUAUUGAUACCAAGUCUGAACGAGGCCUGAUGGUGAGAAGUGCUGAAUGGUUGAGGGUCUGUUAUUUAGGUCAAUAAAUAGCUAACAUGCAUUUUAA